AUGUAGUAGGAAUAAUCAAGUCAUUUAACAAUAAAUCAUUUUUAAUUGAUAAAAGUAAUAGGAAAGGGCUCCUAUGCAAAAGUGCUUUUGGUGAGAAAGAAUGACACAGGGAAGCUCUAUGCAAUCAAGGCUUUAAAGAAGAAGUACAUUCAACAGAAGAGACAGGAGGAACACAUAAUGGUGGAGCGAAAUGUUCUGGUUUCGGCAAAUCAUCAAUUUAUUAUUAAAUUGGCAUUUUCAUUUUAAAAUGAGAGAAAACUGUACUUUGUGUUAGAAUAUUGUCCAGGUGGAGAGUUAUUCAAUUUAUUAUAGAAGAAGAAGAAAUUGACUGAAGACUAAUGCCGAUUCUACGUCUGUUAAAUGAUUUUGGCUAUCGAAUACUUGCAUGAGAAUAAUAUUAUAUAUCGAGAUCUAAAGCCUGAGAAUGUGAUAUUGGAUGCAGAUGGCUAUAUAAGGAUUACAGAUUUCGGAUUGUCGAAAAAGAAUGUCAAAUAAGACAAGGAUGCAUUUUCAGUAUGUGGAACCCCUGAAUACUUGGCUCCAGAGAUAUUGAUGAAGUAAGGACAUGGCAAGCCUGUAGACUGGUGGACAUUGGGUUGCAUCAUCUUCGAGAUGAUAACAGGAAUGCCCCCUUAUUAUUCAAAUCAGAGGGGAGAGUUGUUCGAAUAGAUAAAGUAUUAAUUUCCAAAAUACCCACAAAAUUUGAGUCCAAUUCUGAAAAAUUUAUUAGAGGGUUUGUUCUAGAAGCAGCCAGAAAAACGAUUGGGGUACAAUGGAGCAGGCGAUAUAAAAUCACAUCCUUGGUUUGAGAAGGUGAACUGGGAUUACAUAUUGUAAAAGAGAGUGGAAGCGCCAUUUAAACCAAAGUUAACUAGCGAGGAGGACACAUCUCAUUUUGAUUCAGAAUUCACAGAAUGUACCAUAGCUUCAUUUGAUACUGCAAGUUCAGAGGGUAGAAUUUAUUACGAUUUUUCAUAUGGUGGAAGCAUGCUUAAGGAGUGAAUAUAAAAUAAGAAUAAAUCAUAAAUAUUAUUAAAGA